AUGCUAAUAAUCUUUCAUUUAAUAGUUCUGCCGGGAUCGUACAGUCAACCUGAUGUGGUAAUCGUGAAUGCUGAUGCCACUGAUGGUGGAGAUGCAGGGGAUCGGAAUUAUCGGCGCUACUCUCGUCGACAAGCGCAAUUAGCGAAUAAUCGUGCACUGGUAUAUAAACGACUAAGCAGCUCAGCUGCAGAAGUUCAACUUUCUCACCGUGAUGAUGAAAAGUAUUCUUUGAAUGCGUUUCAUAGCAGUGAAAUUUUGGAAAGUACUCAUUCACUUACCUAUCUUGAAUGGGUACAUGAAAGACAAACAAGGCGUAUGCGUACCCGAUCUGAGUGGUUCCUUUUGCCUGCGCCGUCAGCAAAAGAUAGUGGUACAUCACAGCCAAAUACCUCCGUACUUUCUUCUACUAGCAUGCUUCAACCGUGUUCGCAGUUUGAUGACUCAAUAAUGGGUUCAUUCGACGGAUGUAUGGGAAAUCCAAACAAUAUUAAUGAGUGCCUUGUAAAUGUUACUCAAAAAUUACCUUUGUCAAAAACAUACGAAGGAGCAAUCUCUCCAUCUUUAGCUGAUAUAUCUGGACAACUUCCUCCAGCACCACAACCAGUAACUGCCCCAACAUCUCGAAUGGCUGGUGGUAUCGUUCGUCGACGUUCUUGGCGUACUCAUUACGUACGUCCUGAUCGAAUUGUUAAGGGUGACAACAAAGAGCGAGGUUCUAGCGAAGUUGCUAUUAUUUCAAGCAGAUCAACACCGCUAUACCGUCGUAAUGUGCCACAUACAUCCAGUCGAAGCUUGCCAAGUGCGGGACGGCCUAUAGUGCUACCAUCAUCAUCUUUGAUGGAAUUCCAACAGCAGCGGCAGCGAUCAAGGUCAACAUCACCGGCAUAUGAAAAGGGUUAUGUCAAUACUGGUAGUGGUAGUAGCACUUCUCAUGUGAAAGGGUCAAAGGCUGUUUUGCAGUCCAAACUUGUGCAUUUCUAG